AUGUAUUUCCGUGUUCCAUAGAAAUGGUUUCUCUAGAGACAGAGCGUUUUCGAUUCAAUCGACUUCUUUUGCUCGCAAUUGGUUUAUGGCCUUACCAGGAAUCAAAGUUGGCUAAAGUUCAAUUUCUAAUACUUUUUAGCAUUCUUAUAACUUUUAUUGUAUUUCAGUUUACAACAUUUAUAACUUCGGAGUGCACAACAAAUUUUAUCAUCAAGGUUUUAUCUUCCUCAUUUUUCUUUAUUUGCUUGGCAAUUGAGUACAAUUCGUUUUGGAUUAAUGCUGAUAUUGUGAAGUUAUCACUGGAUCAAAUUCAACAUACUUAUAAUAAAUUAAAAAACAAGAAUGAAAUUGCUAUCUUAACAAGUUACGGCAACAUAGCACAAUUGUAUACGGCUGUACUUACAAUAAUUGCUGCGUGGAGCAUAUUUGUUUUUCUCAUUCUGCAAAUGUGGCCUUUUAUUAUCGGUGUAAUCAUGACUAUGAACAAUUCCGGAUUAUAUCCAAGAAUUUACAUCACAACAGAAUAUUUUGUUAAUCAAGAAAACUGUUACUAUUUUACUCUUUUACAUUUAAACGCAGCAAUGUGCAUAGGAGUAACUGCAAUAAUAGCAACAGGAACGAUGAUGUUAAUGUAUUUUAAACAUAUUUGCGGAAUGUUCAAUAUUGCCAGUUUCCGUAUUGAAAAAGCUAUGAUGACAAGUGUACUUCAAAAUAUUACUCAAGAGAAAGAAAUUUUAAUUUACAAAGGAAUAAUCUACGCAAUAGACAUUCAUCGCAAAGCUACAGAGUUCUCUCAAUUUUUUAUAAAAAACUUUGAGGGAUCGUUCUUCUUUUUAAUAGCAGCUGGCAUGGUUUCUUUGAGCAGCAGUUUCGUUGAAGUUGCUUCUAGUAAUAAUAUUGAGGAAUUAAUACUACCUACUUUAAUAAUAUUUACCUUAUACGUAUACUUGGUUAUAUCUAACUAUACUGCUCAAGAAGUUACGGAUCAUAAUAACCGCGUAUUUGCUACUGUAUAUAACGUUCAAUGGUACAUAGCACCAUUACGCAUACAGAAAAUGCUAAUAUUUCUAUUGCAAAGAGGUAAUAAAGCUUUUAAUCUGAAUCUUGGUGGAUUGUUUGUGGGAUCCUUGGAAAGUGCUGCUAUGGUAAAAAAAUAUAUCACGCACGUACUUAUCGCGCAGGAUAAUCUAAUGAAUAUGUAGUAAAGAAUUUUUUUAAUUUAUUUCAGCUAACAAGUGCUUCGAUAUCUUAUUUCUCCGUUUUAUAUUCUACACGAUGAAAUUAAUAUAAUAUUGAUAUAAUAAAGAUAAUCGCUUAACUCGAAUCACUUUAAAUCUGUGUUUUAGAUAUACUUAAUGAAAUUAUGAUUAUUACGGGAAAAAAAAAUUCCGAUUCAUAAAUAUUACAGUUUAAUAUAAUAUUGAAUUUAAUACACUAUAAAUUUAAUAACUGUAAAAAAAAUUAAAGUAAGUAAUG